AUGCCCACGAGCAAGCCCAAUCCUGUGGCAGAACUUUAUGCCGAACUUCUGACCCCUGACUAUGUCAACGAGCGGUUGAAGAUGGUGAAAAGACGGACUGAAGGAAGGAAACCCACAAAGGUGACACGAACCAAAAACAACUUCACCUUUCUCCUGAACUACAAUGGAACUUUUGCGGGCAAUUACCCAACCAAGAAGGAAGUGCAGGAAGCCUUGAAGAUCGUCAACACUCGGUUUCGAUUGAACGACUUCAAGGACAAAGAAGCUUUGAAGGCAUGGUUGGACUAUGAAGCCACCCUCCAACGUGGAGCGGCAUCCUACGUUCACUACAGAACUUCCCGAAACCCUGGUGCAAGGAGUGGACACACCCGGAUGGCGCAGCUUAAGAAUGCCUGCUUGGCUGCUUUGGAGGACAAUUGUGGCACUUCCGGCACUUCUGAUGCCAAAAUGGAGGUGGACUGCGGUGAACCCAGCCCGGAAACCGGUCAUGAAUUUGCAGAACUAGCGAUGAAUGUGUGGAACCAAGUCCUGUUGAAGAGGACACGCCAGGAACAACACCCGCAGGAGAAAUUGAAACAAAAAAAAGAAAAUGGAAUAUGCCAUCGAUGA